CGACACAAGAAAAUUUUACGUUAAUUAACUGUAACUAUCAAUUACGUUUUCAAUCAUCAAAAUGCCUGAUAAACCUUCCAUUCCGGGUCUCCCAGCCGGCAUGCCUGAUCCAGAGGCAAUAUUUGACUCAUGGUGGCCAAUUAUUAUUGCGGUAGUUGGUGGCUUUAUUUAUGGAAUGAGACAAUACAUGAGAGGAUCCAGAUGCACUAGCGAUUUGAAGCUGGAAGACAAGGUUGCAAUAAUCACCGGCGGAGAUGGAGGAAUAGGUCGCCAUAUCGCAGAGGAUCUCGCUAAAAGAGGAACCAGAGUGUACCUUGCGUGUCGAGAUGAGAAGGCUGGGGAGGUGGUUGUCCAGGAGCUCAAGAAGAAGACGAAAAAUGAUAAGAUCUGGAGCCUCAAGUGUGACCUUGCCUCUUUUAAAUCUGUCAGAGCCUUUGCUGAGGCAUUCAAGAAAAAGGAAGAUCACCUUCACUUCCUUGUGAACAAUGCCGGCAUCAUGAUGCACCCUCAGCUCCUCACUGAAGACAAGUUUGAAGCUCAUCUACAGGUCAACUACCUAGGUCAUGUACUGCUUACACAUCUACUGUAUGACACCCUGAAGCGCUCUUCACCUUCCCGUGUUGUCAUGACGACUGCACCCGCCUACCAACUGGCCUCGCUGGACUUUGAGGACAUAAACUGGGAGAAAAAGGAAUAUGCUGCCUCCGCAGCGUACGCUUCCAGCAAACUUGCCCUUGUGUUUUUUACGAGAGAAUUUGCCAAAAGAUAUAAUUUUGAAGAGAAUGGUAUUGCGAUGAACUGUGUUAUACCUGGUGUUGUCAGAACGGGUAUCCAUCGACACAUGCCGUUCCGACAGUCAUCGUUCAUCAGUUUGACUUUUGCUCCGUUCCUCUGGUACCUGAUGAAGUGCCCUGAGGAUGGCGCCCAGACAACCAUCUUCUGCUGUCUAGCUGAUGGCCUAACAACUGUGUCAGGCUUUAUGUACAAGGAAUGUAAACGGGAGCCUUACGGUGAGAGUGUUGAAAACGAGGAACUGCAAGAUAAAGUGUGGUCAGAAACGCUUCAGUGGCUGAAAAUCAAAGAGUUUGGCCAGACAGAGUGACCACAGACUGGCCAAUGACUACCCUGGGAAUCCAAGACAUAGCAGCCCCAUCUUAUCAACAAUCAUAUUGUACGAUGGCUUUUCCAAAGCAAUAUUUCUAUGUAUAAUGAUAUGUACAGUAUAUGAUAGAAUGAUGAAUAUCUUUUUUGAAAGUUAUAGUUACAUAUGUCAGUUUAAACAUAGUUUAAUUGGUUUUGCAAGCCAAACACGCUUAGUAGUCAGUUCAAACAUAGUUUAUUUGGUUUUACAAGCUAAACACAUUAAGUAGUCAGUUCAAACAUAGUUUGUAUGGUUUUGCAAGCCUAAACAUAUUGAGUUGUCAGUUCAAACAUUAUACAUAUUUAUUUGGUUUUACAAGCCAAACACAUUUAGUUGUCAUUACGAAAACGGUUUCUUUGGUUUUGCAAGCCGAACAGUUAGUAACGUAAAUUGUAAGUCUGACAAAAAAAAAAUGAAAUUGAAAUCUUAAACUGAUCGUACGAUUUUUUGUCAUAUAAAUGUUGAUAAGAUGACUGGACUGACCUCUCCAGGCUCGCUGACCUUGUGUACUACUGUUGUGUUAACAAGCAAUAAUAUUUAGAUCUGCAUGUUGUUCAUGUAUAGUUCUUGCAUAAUGUUAAUUACAUUCCAGAUAUCAUGUAUGUUCAUAAAUCAUUAUACAAAUUCAAAGGCCUUUUUGUUGUCAUGUUGAUUUUGUUAAUUUCUUUUGCUUGAAGUUAGUGAUAUUUGAGAAACUUUCAAAUUGUAUUUUUUUGCAGUACUGUAAUUGUUUGAAAAUGUGUUGUAAAUGUUAUGAAGAGAAUGCCAAGCUAUUUAUAGAUCUGAUUGAUGUGUAUUUAUCACAAUGACAUUAUGUGUAAGAGUUUUGCUGUUGAUGCAUUUCUUUUCUUGUUUCAUUUUCAGUGCAUUGAUGUAAGCUUGCUAAAAUGAUAUUUGAAAUACAUGUAUCUGAGAUGAACCAAGUUCAGCAUGUAGAAAUGGGUGUUGUCCCUUGAUUACAGUCUAAACAUAGUCUUCCUUGUGUUUAUUUAAUUUUUAAUGUAUUCAGGAAAAAUAUAUAAACCAUAGUUUAGUUUUUUAUUUGUUUUUGCACAUGUACAUUUAUAUUGAUGUAAUCCUACAUAAUUAUUAUCAAAUGCAUAAUAGAAUAUAUUUUGUAAUCGAUUGUUCAAAGAUCAUGUGGUAUUAUCCAAGAUUAUAGUGUACUCAUUGGUGGCUUUAUUUAACCAUUGAGCCCCAUCCAGAGAAAGUGUGUUUUAUUGAUGUACAUAAUUAAGUUACAAAAAUUAUGUCAAAAAUCAAAAUAUUGUAAUCUGAAGACCUCUUUUUGUACUUAUAUUAUAUUCUUUGAAUUUAAAUUCACCACAUCAAACUGCAAUCAUAUUGUAACUGGUGGAAUUUCCUGAUACAUGCCUAGCAGGCACUAAGGAUUGUAGCUAAAUUAUGUCUUCUCUUUGUUUCACUGAUAUUGGGCAGUUUCCAAUCCAUGGUUUCUAGGUCUGUGAUGAAAUAUAACCUUUAGGAAUGAUUGUGCAUUCAAAAAGCAUUACCCUAGUUGACAAGUAUUCAAUAGAUGUGGAUGUUAAAAAUGAAUACAAAAAACUGUGUAACCUUAUCCAGAGGCUUUUAAUUUUCAUAUCUAAAUAUUUGUCUUUGAUUUUAUGUAAAAAUGUGAAAAAGUAUCAUUUUGUCCAUAAUGCACAAAGUUUCAUGUAGUUAUUGAUUGGUUUACCAAGUGGUUUGCUUUAAGCGUUUUGCAAAUGUGAGCUGGCUAGGAUAGAGACAUUCGCGCCAAUCACUAAGAACGUAAUUCAUUAUUUUUGCUUUAAUCCUGUAUUAAUCAAAUCAGCAGACAAGCUGUCCCUAGAUUUUUCCUAAUCAUUGGUAAAGUAAAGAAAAAAAUAAACAUUAAUUCUAUUACAUUAUAUUAUCUUGGAUAAAAUCAAGAUGAAUGCUUUGAAUUUUUAAGGUUUAUUCAGAGUAAAUGUAUCCAGGAUACUUGUAAAGUUUUGAUCAUGUUGUAUUUUGUAUACAAUUAUGUAUUAAAAUGCUUUAAACUAG